AAAAUGUGGUAGAAAUGCUUUAAUUUAAAAGUGUCCUUUCCCAGGUUUAAUGUUACAUUGUGGCAGAAUGUUAAUGUGUACAGCAAUGAAAUGACUAUACAUUGUGUUUGAUUUAAAGUGCAAUGAUUAUUAUAACAUGAUAAUGUAGUAACUAAUAUCUAAUAACACAAUACUAUUCUAUCACUAAUUAUCACAUGUAUCAUCCUUUCUACCGCUACGUGCGCUGCUUAAAUCCCUAACAAAUUUGAGCAUUAUAGAAGAAUUCUCCAUAAGAUCAGAGAGCCAACCAUUUUGCUGUGUUUAAAACUAUUGUUUACAUAAGAACAAUACUUCACCUCUGAGGUAAGGGGAAUGUUUAGCUGGUUACAUAUUAAUGUCCUAUUUACUGGUGACUUUAGAUGUGAAACUUCAAAGGUUCAAAAAAAACAUUCAUGACCUGUUCAUCUGCUUUAUUGGUGUUUUAGAGUCAAUUGAAUUUCCAAACUCUUCUUUUACAUUUACAGUUAACAUUUGUAAAGGAAAAAUCACAUCAUUUUCCGAACCAUGUACUCCCAAGUCCGCCUGAGUCUGCUGCCGAGAGCCAGGUGCAUGUUUGACGAGCCCGUCCAGGUGAGGUCGAGGCAGGUGGUCACCCUGAGAGCCAGAUCCACUGACGAGAAGGGAGUCGUGUUCAGCUCCUCGGCCACCGUCAGGGCCGAUGGGAGCGGGCGGAUCGACCUGGAGAGGGACCCCUCCCUCGGUGGGACCUACACCGGCGUCGAACCCAUGGGUCUGCUUUGGUCCAUGAGGCCGGACGCUUUGCACAAGAGGUUUCAGCUUUACAGUUCACUAAACCCCUACGUGGUGAAGUUCUCUGUGCACGAGGAGGAGGGCGGGAUGUUGGCAAAGGCGACCAAUCAGAGGCUCCUGAUCGGAGACGGAGUCAUCCGGCGCCCAAUCAGAGAAGGGAAUAUUCGUGGGGUCCUCUUCACUCCGCCAGGACUGGGUCCAUUCCCUGCGGUGCUAGAUAUGUACGUUUUAGGGGGAGGUUUCUCUGAGAAAAGGGGCGCUCUGCUCGCCACUCAAGGAUUUGUGGUCCUGACCUUAGUGGUGUACGGUUACGAUGACUUGCCCAAGAAGAUCGACGAGAUCCAUCUGGAUUAUUUCGAAGAAGCAAUACAGUUUUUGAGAAAACAAGAUAAGGUUGGCAGUAAAGGAGUUGGUGUGAUAUCCAUUUCAAAAAGUGGAGAUCUGGCACUAUCGAUGGCCUCUUACCUGCAAGGUGUCAGGGCCGUGGUGUGGAUCAACGGCUGCUCCGCCAACACACUUCUUCCCCUCUACUACAAGAAGAGCCAGAUCCUCCCCGCGUUAAUGGUUGACUUCAGCCAGCUGAUUCCCACUGAGUCGGGGGCCUUCAAUGCAAAGAAGGUUCUGAACGACCCUGGUGCAGAGGAGAACGAGGCCACCCUGAUUCCUGUGGAACGGGCAGAGGGACGUCUCCUCUUUGCGGCCUCCGAGGACGACCUCAACUGGGACAGCAAGGCUUACGUGGACAUGAUGGUGGAGCGACUGCAGCGCCACGGGAAGGACAACUUUGAGAGUGUUUGUUACCCCGGAGCGGGGCACUGUCUAGAGCCGCCUUACGGACCCUACUUCCCCUCCGGUUUACAUCGGUUCAUAGGCAGGGUGGUCCUGUUCGGGGGCGAAGCAAGGUCCCACGCUGCUGCUGAGGUCCACCUGUGGAAGAAGAUGCAGGAGUUUUUAAGGACUCACCUGAGCUGUGACGCCACGCAGACUAAAGCUGAACUCUAGAUGCAAAUAUCCUGAUGUUAGAGACAUGGGUAACAGCUGAGAGGGGGGGGUUUACAACUGUCCUAUCAAAGAAAGUGAAAAUAAUAAAUCUACUGAAAUAAUAACAUACAGCAUUAUUACAGAGUGUUAGUAUCUGAAUGUUUUUCUUUCAUUGAGAUGUGAUUUUUAAAUAUACAGAGCAGUCUCUAAUUGCCUCUU